GAAGUGAGGUGUCUUACCCUCCAACUUCCGGUUCGCAGGGGGUGGGGAGUGUUGUUAACCGUAGCGGUUGCGGCAGUCGCUGGGAUUGAGCCGGCUCGCGGCGUUGGGCUCCUGGUUUCCAGGCCAGGGCAAUGUUCCGCACCGCAGUGAUGAUGGCGGCUAGCCUGGCGCUGACCGGGGCCGUGGUAGCUCAUGCCUACUACCUCAAACACCAGUUUUACCCCACGGUGGUGUACUUGACCAAGUCCAGCCCCAGCAUGGCAGUCCUGUACAUCCAGGCCUUUGUCCUUGUCUUCCUCUUGGGCAAGGUGAUGGGCAAGGUGUUCUUUGGGCAGCUGAGAGCAGCAGAGAUGGAGCAUCUUUUGGAACGUUCCUGGUAUGCUGUCACCGAGACAUGUCUGGCCUUCACUGUUUUUCGGGAUGACUUCAGCCCCCGCUUUGUUGCGCUCUUCACUCUCCUCCUCUUCCUCAAGUGUUUCCACUGGCUGGCUGAGGACCGUGUGGACUUUAUGGAACGCAGCCCCAAUAUCUCUUGGCUCUUUCACUGCCGCAUCGUCUCCCUUAUGUUCCUCCUGGGUAUCCUGGACUUCCUCUUCGUCAGCCAUGCCUAUCACAGCAUCCUGACCCGUGGGGCCUCUGUGCAGCUGGUGUUUGGCUUUGAGUAUGCCAUCCUGAUGACCAUGGUGCUCACCAUCUUCAUCAAGUAUGUGCUGCACUCUGUGGACCUCCAGAGCGAGAACCCCUGGGACAACAAGGCCGUGUACAUGCUCUACACAGAGCUGUUCACAGGCUUCAUCAAGGUCCUGCUGUACAUGGCCUUCAUGACCAUCAUGAUCAAGGUGCACACCUUCCCGCUCUUCGCCAUCCGGCCCAUGUACCUGGCCAUGAGGCAGUUCAAGAAAGCUGUGACAGAUGCCAUCAUGUCACGCCGGGCCAUCCGCAACAUGAACACACUGUACCCAGACGCCACCCCCGAGGAGCUGCAGGCAAUGGACAAUGUCUGUAUCAUCUGCCGAGAAGAGAUGGUGACCAGCGCCAAGAGACUGCCCUGCAACCACAUCUUCCACACCAGCUGCCUGCGCUCCUGGUUCCAGAGGCAGCAGACCUGCCCUACCUGCCGUAUGGAUGUCCUGCGGGCAUCACUGCCAGCCCAAUCACCACCACCCCCUGAGCCCGCGGAUCAGGGGCCACCCCCUGCCCCACACCCCCCACCACUCAUGCCCCAGCCCCCUAACUUCCCCCAGGGCCUCCUGCCUCCUUUUCCUCCAGGCAUGUUCCCCCUGUGGCCCCCUGUGGCCCCCUUCCCACCUGUCCCACCUCCCCCAAGCUCAGGAGAGGCUGCAGCACCACCAUCCACCAGUGCAGCCCUCUCUAGGCCAAGUGGAACAGCCACAACUACACCUGCUGGCACCAGUGCCUCUGCCCCAGCCCCAGAGGCUGCCCCUGCCUCAGGCUUCCCCUUCCCACCCCCCUGGAUGGGCAUGCCCCUGCCUCCACCCUUUGCAUUCCCCCCUAUGCCUGUGCCCCCUGCGGGCUUCGCUGGGUUGACCCCAGAGGAGCUUCGGGCGCUGGAAGGCCAUGAGCAGCAGCACCUAGAGGCCCGGCUGCAGAGCCUUCGCAACAUCCACACACUGCUGGACGCCGCCAUGCUGCAGAUCAACCAGUACCUCACUGUGCUGGCCUCCUUGGGGCCCCCUCGCCCUGCCACUUCAGUCGGUCCCAUGGAAGAGACUGGCUCCACAGCGGUCCCUGCCGCCGCCUCUACCAGCACCCCCAGCUCUGAGGCCACUACCCCAUCCCCAGGAGCCUCCUCACCAGCCCAGGAAACUGAGAAACCUCCAGCUCCAGAGUCGGUGGGUGCUGAGGAGCUACCUGAGGACGACGGAGAGCCAGAUGCUGCAGAGCUCCGCCGGCGCCGCCUGCAGAAACUCAAGUCCCCUGUUAACCACUGACACUGCCCCAGCCCUGUCCCCGCUCUCCUGAGCAGCCCUCACCGGAACACAUCCUGCCACCAAGUGCCAGCUCCCGAUGUCUGUACCAGGGAGUCGUAAGCCCAGCUAUGAGGAAGAGGUGGCGGCAUUCCUGAGGCCAGGUGGAAAGAAUGCUGUUGCCAUUUGGCCUGGCAGCCACAGGGGUGCUGGUCCCUUUCAGCCAGCUGUCCCCAUCUCGACAGCACGCACUGUGCUGUGACCCAGGGGUCAGUGCUAUAAAGGCAGUAGGUUUGGCCUGCAAGACCCUCUGCUUCCCCCUUUUCCAGGUGGAAGGGCAGCCCUUUCUAGCCCUAUCUGUAUGUGGGGGGGGGGGGGGUCACGCUGCGGCGCCAAACAGUAUUAGCUCCCAACCCCACAUGUGGAUCCUGGAAGGGCUGGGGGCAGGCUGGGAACCUGCUGUGGCCCUCUCUGCCAAGACUGGUACCAACUUCCCCUUCUUAACCCAAUCUUCCCAGAAGCCCCUUGUGAUGGCUGUGCCCCCGUGCCCUCUGGCAUUUCCACAUCUUACUGGCAACCAUACAACUCAGGGAAAGGAGUGCCUGGGGGUGGGGGGCAGGCGGGCAGCACUGAGGGACCCUGCCCUGCCCCUCCCCCAGACCCUUUCCCAGCAGCUUUCUUCCCAGCAGCCACUGCCCAGCUGCACAGGGCUGAGGGCCGGCGUGCUGCUCCUGGCUGACACUGCAGUGUGGAGCCCAGGAAGGCCGCAGGCUCAGAGGCAGGGUUUCUCUUGAGCCAGGAUUGGAACUACUUUCUCACCUAGGGUCUUCUGGCUUAAAUCAGUCUUUUGAAUUUGAAUGCUUGAUCCCAGAAAGAGCAGCAGGAGCUGGGGCUCCUGGUUUUUCUAGUUUAGAACAAGCUCUGGGACAGGAAUAACCGAGGGAGCUAAGGUCUGCCCACCCAUCUUUCUUUCCCUCAGUUUUGUGUUACAAGAGUUGCUGGAAAGUUUCAGAUGAUUAUUUAAUUUGUAAAUACUGUACAAAUUUUAAUAGCUUAAAUUGUAUAUACAGCCAAAUAAAAACUUGCAUUAACAA